CGACGUUUGCGUGACGUCACGAGGUGCCGUCAAGCGAAGCUUCUCCUAGCUUUGUUUGUUGAAUUUGAAAGGAUUUUGACGGAUUCAUCCCUUCCGAAACAUUUUUCUGUAUAUAUCGGGCUGGGAAAAAUAGGUUAUCUUAAUUAGUCUCGCUACGAUGACAAAUGAACUUUAAUAAGCCCCAGAAGUUAUUUAGCUAUAGUUAAAAUGCUGCUAAUUUAAAGAUAAUUGUUGGAUUUCCUGCGAUUGUGGCACCAAAACUACUGUUUAGGUUUCUGUGGAUUCAGUGGAUUGCACGCUAGUUUGGAAAACUUGAUUAGCGUGCAAUGUCCGCGCAAAAAGAUUGUGAGUUUUUAGUGAAAAAAGCUCGGGAGCUGGUCUCUGUUGAUUCCUGUGCAGCCAAAGCGUGGCUAAUAACCGCAAGAACCCUUUAUCCUACAGAUUUCAACAUUCAGUAUGAAAUGUACACCAUUGAGCGCAAUGCAGAGAGAACAGCACCCGCCGGCAGACUGCUGUAUGACAUGUUUAUAAACUUUCCUGAUCAGCCCAUUGUUUGGCGUGAGAUCGGUGUCAUCACUGCUGCGCUGCGCAGCGACUCCCAAGACAAGCACGCCCAGUUUUUGCGAGGGCUUUUUGAGACCCUUCCUGGCCGUGUACAAUGCGAGAUGCUGCUAAAAGCCACAGAACAAUGUUUCAACACCCUGGAGAAGGCAGAAAUGUUAUUACUACUUCUCAAGCGCUUUCCUGAGUCUGUGGUCCAACAUGGGCUCAGUUUAGGUGAGACACUGUUGGAUGCAGAGGCUUCAGAGAAUGUAGACACUCCUGUCAACUGUUUCCGAAAACUAUUUGUAUGUGAUGUCCUUCCUUUGAUCAUAAACAAUAUGGACAUUCGUCUUCCUGCGAGCCUCAUGCAGAAGUACAUACUGAAAGCUGCUGAAUUUUAUAUUGGAUACGUUACCCGAGGACCCUCAGCUGAUGGGCAGUUACAGGGUAAGGCAGCAAUGUCUCCAUUAGUCUGCCUCUCUCUUUCCUUGGCAUUUCUUAGGAUCCUUGUUUUCCAUCUUUCAGGCUCCCAGGACAGUGGGAAACUGAAGUCCCCCAGCAUGUCGCGUGGCUCUCAGCGUUAUGUGAUUGAUGGUUUAUCAGAAAAAUCCUCGCUGGUUGCAGAUCCUUGGGAAAGGCUGCUUGAAUUACUUGCUGUGGUUGGAGUUCGCUGUGAGUGGCAAGGAGACAAAGGACAAAGGAGUUUUGUGGACAUGCUGCAGAGAAUGAAAGAGCUGUGCCGCUACCUGCCAGGGCUGGAUGGAGAAACCAGGUCUCGAUACUGUAGCCAGGUGGUCAUAUGUGGUGCUCUCACCCUCUUCCGCAGUGCCUUCCUCUAUGUCUCAGCUGUACAACCUGCACUGUUUCAGGGAGCCAGUGGUGCGAGUUCAGGACCAUGGAUCCUGGUGGAGGAUCUGAGCUCAGUGUACAGCGAUGUGGAUUUGGAUAAAGGACCAGUGAAACACGCACAGAAGAAACGCAAACAGGCUGACGGGAGAGAAAAGACAAUGAGCUCAGAUGAUGAGGAAGGUUUGGGUAAAGGGCGUGGUCGGCACAUUUUGGUCAGUAAGACAGAGAUGCCCAAUUGGUCAGAGACUCUGGAGGGGUUUCGCGCAGCAAGAGAAAGCUGGGACCUCCUUCACUCGCACGAUGCUCUGGAAGCUGAGUUCAAGAAGAUCUGUGCGUCAUGGAAGACAGACAGCUGGUUAUGGUUCAGAAUAUUCCUCACUGAUAUGAUUGUGUUUCAGGGCCAGUAUCGCAAAGCUCUUUCCAGUUUGCAUCAGAUGUCUGCUGUGCAGCAGCACCAGCCUGGGCAGCAGAGUCCAUCGGGCCAGGGAAGUCUGGAGCAUCACAGGGUCCUCAUACAGCAGGCGUCGUGUCACUACGCACUGGGAGAGUACAGGAUGGCUUGUGAGAAACUGCUGGACGUUGUGAGUGGACUGAUUCCCCCAAACCAAGACCAGACAAAGGCUCCCGAGGAUCAUAACAGAGUCAGGAGCAAAAGUAGGAAAGGUAAUGACCUUAGAUUGCUUCCAUGCACCAACAAAGCUGUUUUACCGUUCUGCUUCCAACUGAUGCUCGCUUGUUUCAAGCUCCGCGCCUUUGCAGACAACCGGGACGACUUAUCCCUCGGUCACGUGGUGGUGCUCCUGCAGUACGACUGGCCACAGGGAGAGAUGCUGUUCUUAAAGUCAGUGGACAAAAUCUAUCACCAAGGAAGUUUCCAGUAUGAGAAUUUCUUCAACUAUGUCACCAACAUUGACAUGUUGGAGGAGUUUGCUUACCUGCGCACUCCAGAGGGAGGAAGGAUUCAGCUGGAGCUGCUGCCCAAUCAGGGAAUGCUCAUUAAGAACCCUAGUCCCGCCUUGGGGGUGGAGUUAAACACCCUUCUGCUACAAGGGGUACAGAGGAUGGACAGGCACCACACAGUGACCCGAGGGAUCACCAAAGGAGUCAAGGAGGAUUUCCGCCUGGCUAUGGAGAGGCAGGUGUCACGCUGUGGAGAAAACCUUCUGAGUGUGCUGCACCGCUUCUGCAUCAACGAGAAAAUCAUCAUCAUCCAGUCCCUUCCUUAACACACCUUGGCUGUCGGCGCAAUUUGAGAACAUUUUGUGGCUCCAUAAGUUAGACUCAUGGUCCUGCUGUCCUAAUAUUCUGUUCACAAACUCAACAAUGUUCUUUUCUCUUUGUUAAACAGGAAUACGUCUUUAAAUGGCUAGGAGAACAACAAAUAUCCACUUCUGCUCUUUUUUUUCCUGAUCCAAAACCAAAAUUCCUCUCAACCAGAAUAACAGUUAAGUGUUUGGUACAUUUCUGUGCUCAGCUGUGUGUCUGAAUCAACAAUAGACUCAAAUGCAUUGUAUUACUUUUGUACAUUUUAUUGUUUUUGUUACAUAUCUGUAAUUUGGAGAUUUACAAUAAAUGCUUCAUCUGGGUA